GCCAGCGGUCCCUGUUUGGUUGUGAACUCUUAGCCGUCGUAUGCUAGUUUGUAGCUAGGAGGCUAGCUAACAGGGCUGACAACCUUGCCCUGUCCGUCACUGGAGCCACGCUGAGUUAUGAGCUGUCUGUGGAUGGUUGACGCUGUUCAAUAAGUCUGUUGUCAUUCUGGCAUUGUCCUCCUUUAGCUAAUGCUGCUAGUUAGCUAGCAUCGGGACGUGUAUUGGCGGCCCACGGUGUGCACUCGAUGGCCGGUGACAGCCUCUGUAGUCCUUGAGGUGUUUUGACAGGACAUGGGCAUCUAGUGACAGACUGGCAUCGACAUGGACUAAAAGCUGAGCUGAUAUUGAACGCCUCUGCCGUGAGGCCUACAAUCAAGAAAGUUGUGCACAGUCACAAUUGCCUCCCAGACCUCGGAGUAGCUGUCGUCCUCCUCGAUCCGUCAGGAUGUUGGAGGGCCUGGUUGCCUGGGUGCUGAACACAUACCUGGGCAAAUAUGUCAGCAACCUGAACACAGACCAGCUCUCCAUUGCCCUCCUAAAAGGUGCAGUGGAGCUGGAGAACCUCCCUCUGAGGAAAGAUGCCCUCCGAGAGUUUGACCUGCCGUUUGAAGUCAAAGCAGGCUUCAUUGGAAAGAUCACCCUCCAGAUCCCUUUCUACCGGCCUCACAGUGACCCGUGGGUCAUCUCCAUGUCCCAGCUCAACCUCAUCAUCGGUCCGGCUCAGCUGCAGGAAUACGACAGAGAGAAGGAGAGAGAGGAGGAGAGAGAACGCAAGCAACGCCUCCUCAAGGUUCUCGAAGACAAAUUCAAGAGUGAGUGUGAGCAGAGAGGAGAGUCGUACUGGUACUCCGUCACCGCCUCGGUCGUCACCAGGAUCGUGGAGAACAUCGAGCUGAACAUUCAAGAUGUGCACCUUCGAUUUGAGGACGACUUCUCCAACCCGCAGAAGCCUUUUUCCUUUGGGGUUUGCAUCAACAACGUGUCCGCUCAGAACCCGUCCAAAGAGUCGGUCCAAAAGCUCCUUCGACAAAAGCAGCUGGAGAUCGAAGCCUUCAGCGUCUACUGGGACACAGAGUGUGAAAUGCUGGGAAAGCUGCCCGCUAAUCAGAUCCAGGACGCGAUGACCAAGUGCAUGCAGAGCCGUGAGCAUCAGUACAUCUUUGAACCAGUGUGUGCCUCUGUGCUGCUGAGAAGAAACACCUCCAAGGAGCCGCUGAGAUCCCGACAGACCCCACGGAUCGAGGGCCAGGUUCAGCUGGAGCCCAUGUCCUUACGCCUGUCACAGGUCCAGUACCAACAGAUCAUGGCUUUUCUUAAAGAGCUGGACCGCCGAGAGCGAGAGAUGCUCUACAGGAAGUGGAGACCCAAAGUACCGGUUUCUGGGAACUGCCGCCAGUGGUGGGUCUUCGCCAUCCAGGCCAACCUGAGUGAAAUCAGGGAACAGCGGCGGCGAGGCAGCUGGGACUUCGCUCUGCAGCGGGCCCGAGAUGCCCAGACCUACACCGACCUGUAUUUUAGAAGACUCAAGAGAGCCACGCUGAGUCCUCAGGAAGAGAGUGAGCUGGAGCGAGUGGAAGAGGAACAAACACUGGAGGAGCUGCAGAGUCUCCGAGAAAUUGUCCACGACUGGUUUCGAAAGCACGAAGAGAUCGCAGAGUAUGUGCGGGAGCCCACCACUGACCCCCCGCCCUGCUCUCCCACCGCUCCCAUUCCAAAGAGUGGGAGCUCGGGGAUGAUCCAGUACCUGCAGUCUUGGUUCCCAGGCUGGGGAGGCUGGUACGGAGAUUCCCAGAAUCCAGAGGGGCCUGAAGAACUACUACCAAGUCCAUCCUCGUGGGAUAUUCUAGCAGAGACAGACGAGCUGUUCGACCCGUUGGAGGACUCGCACACUCUGAACACGUUCACCAGGCGAGAUCACCUGUUCGCCCGGCUGGAGUUCUUGCUGGAGAAGGGCGGAGUCACGCUCUUCCACCAGGAGAGGAAGGGAGACACGCUGCACGAGAGCGGAGUCAUCCAGCUGGAGUUCUCAGGGGUGAAGGUGACAGUGGAGUCUCUGCCGCGCUCCGAGUCGUCCUUGCUGUCGGUCAAGCUGGGCAGUUUGUUCCUCAGAGACCUGACCACUCAGGGCACCAUCUUCCCUGUCCUGGUGUCUCCCAAAACGGACAAAGUUGUCACCGUCAUUAACCAUUCAUCGAACCAGUCUUCCAGUACUUUCGGAUGCAACACUGAGUGCUCGUCAUUCCCAGUCUUUGAGAUGAUAUACGAGCGAAACCCCAUCAGGUGUAAGUUUGAGAGAAGGCUGGAAGUGAACACGAGUCCAUUAAACAUCAUCUACAACCCACAAGCAAUCAAAAAAGUGACCGAGUUCUUCUACAAAGGAAGAGUUCACACUUCAGGUUUUGGCUAUCAGUCAGAGCUGGAGCUGAGAGUGGCAGAGGCUGCCAGGAGGCAGUACAACAAGCUGAAGAUGCAGACGAAGGCAGAGAUCCGACAGACCAUUGAUCAGCUACUUGUGGGAGAAUUUAUUGAAAACAGUAAACGUUGGACCAUGAAAUUGGACAUCUGUGCACCCCAGGUGAUUUUCCCUGAUGACUUCCAGUCAGUGGACCCAAUGCUAGUUGUUGUUGAUUUAGGCAGGAUCCUUCUGACAAACUCUCAAGAUGACACUAAAACCGACUCAAAAGCGACUCAACCUGAAAGGGAAGACAUCAGCGAUGAUGAGUACCAGACUCCCCUCGCCACUCCGCCAGAGUCACCGCCAAAUGAACUCGACAUGCCUUUGAAAGCACAGCAAAAAAGUCCUGAACUUCCCAGCCUCGCAUCCCCGGAAGGCACGCAGGCCUACAGCAGAAGGCUGUAUGAAAAAUACUCCUUGUCGUUUAAGGACUUGCAGAUAAUGGUUGGCCGCUGUAAGGACAACUGGAAACAUCUUCAAGAGAGUGAGGUGGGGCCUACACAUGUGGUGGAGAAGUUUAAUGUGCUGCUGCAGCUUGAGCAGAGGCUGCGCUACACAUCGGACCCCCAGCUCCCCGGGGCUGUGCUGUCAGGAACUCUUCCAGACCUCAAGGUCCAUAUCAACCUUGAGAAGAUGACCGCCCUCAGGAAUUGUCUAGCUAGGCUAAGCAGUCCAGCUUCAAGUGAAGGAGACAAAGGCCAGGAGGGAGGUCUGCCCCUGAGGUCUCCGGAUCCUCCCACCCUCCGCCAUGACAAGAUCUUUCAGAGAGAGGACAGCUCCUGGAAGUUGCAGGGUUCAGCCAAGAAUCUCACCCAGAGUGUGAUGACACUGGAGCAGCACACACGGGAAGUCCUGGUGGAGUCUCGCCUACUGUUAGCUGAAUUCAACAUUAACUACAUGCAGCUCGGUGUGGAGAGCGAUGGGCGCUACAUAUCAGUUCUCAAGGUAUUUGGCACAAAUGCAAAUUUUGUAAAGCGGCCUUAUGAUGCUGAAGUCUCUCUGACUGUCCAUGGUCUUCUUCUGGUGGACACCUUACAGACCUAUGGCUCAGACUUUGACCUCCUUGUGGCUUCUCAUAAGCAUCUCAGUUUUGACAUACCCACGGGUAGUCUCAGAGAGAGCCAGCCGACGUCUCCUGUAUCGUCUGAUGGCAGAUCUCCUGAGCACCAGGGCAGCCGCACUGAGCCGUCCCCCGGUCUGCCCAUAGAUAGAAUAUCCCCCUUCAGUUCCAUUCUCAACGAGCAAGAUGCUCUAAUUAAGCUUGAGUACCAGUUUGUGAGCUCCGACUGCCCUUCCAGGAACCUGGACAGCUCCCUUCAGGUUACCAGCAUGCAGGUCAAUAACUUGGACAUCAUUCUCAACCCUGAGACUAUGGUGGAGUUGCUGAAAUUCCUCCAGAAGUCAUUCCCCAAAGAAGAAAGCACCUGGGCAUCAACAGCGCAACAACAUACAACAGCGCCCUACAGUGAGGAACAGGAUGGAACAUUUCAGGCCACCUAUGACCAGAACAAAGAACUGACUGUGGAGAUCCACCGCCUUAACCUGCUUCUCCUUCGGACUGUGUCCACCGGCACUGUUCUGGGUGCUGAGAAGAAAGGGUUGAAGAUUGCCACUGCCAGCAUUACUGGAACCAAGGUCAAUGUGUCCAUGGGCAGUCGACUGGACAUUAAUGGUUCACUAGGAUCAAUGCAGUUGGUGGACCUUACCCAGGAGGGAGGCCGAAGCCAGUUUGUGGUUAGCAUUGGCAGUGAUGAGGACACCUCCUCAGGACUUGGCAACUUAACAUUCCUUAGUGAUAUAGGAUGUUCUCCCUCAGAAGCUUUAAACUUUCGCCUUAUGGAGAAAUCACAAGGGGAGUGUUCCUUGAAACUGCAAAUGGCAUCUCUGCACUACAACCACUCAGCCAAGUUCCUGAAGGAGCUGAGUCUGUCGGCCAACGAGGUCGAAGACAACUUUCGCACCAUGUUGAAAAGUGCCGCCACCAAAGUGUCAACAGUUCUGGCCACCAAGACAGCAGAGUACAGUGGAAUGGUUUCGCUCUUUGAGACUCCCUCACGGAGAACCAGAACGCUGAGUCAGAGCUGGGGUUAUCCAUUUGAGGAUGAGGAGGAUGUUCCUGUGGAGGAACCGGAAUCCACCUUGGACACGUUCUUGGUGAAGCUGACCCUCAAUAUCAGCAUUGAAUCACCAGUUGUGUCUAUUCCCCGCAAACCUGGACACCCUGAGCUAUUGGUUGGCCACUUGGGAAGCAUAACAAUACAGAAUUUUGUUAGUGGGCAAGACUCGGAACGAGAGAGGUUGCAGGUGUUGGUGAGGGAUAUACGGCUGUAUUCACUCAACAUGAGUCAUUUGGUUUUGAAGAGGGGACCUCGAGUGGAUAUCUCUGGCAACAUGUCGGCCUCCUGCAAUGGAAGCAUCAAUCAGGAUGAACCGCAGUUCACACGUCGUGACUUCUUUGAAUCCCUCAACCGCGGAAAAGCCUUCCACAUACUGAAGGACACCACUAUAAAGUUCACUCUGGAGAAAAUUCCUGUUGACGAAGACACCCGGUUCAACUUCCUCACGACGGAGGAGCCUUGCAAGAGCACAGGGAUACUGAGAGUUGAGGGCAAAUUCGUCAACCCUGUUCAGGUGUUCCUGUGCAAGCCGGUGUAUGAACAAGUCCUCCAGACUCUGGACAACUUGUCCCUGAUUGAAGAGCAACGUGUCACGCCCAGCCAACCGCCCACGCCCCCGCCACCGACUCCCUCCUCCACCAGACCGCACCGUUUCCCCGACCCCCAGGGAGGACUGUUCGCAAGGGACCCUCCCCAUAUUAGCUUCUGUCACUCGUCACUGUCUUCUCCUUUGCCUCUACAGUCUCACAAGCCGGCUCUUUGCCCUCCCUCCUUCACUCAGCUAAAAGUCACCUUACAUGUGGCAGAAUUGCACAUCCAGCUCAUCGCUGACCUCAGCCAGGGCUCCCAGGGCUUAGUCAGUCUGCGCUUCCAAGAUUUAGAGGGAGACUUUACCAAAGAUCACCCACAGUUACUGGCGGUCCAGCUGGCUCUGCGGUCUCUGCUCAUGGAAGACCUCCUGGAGCAGAACCCUGAGUCCAAGUACAAACAUUUGAUGGUGUCUCGGGGAGCCCCCAAGCCCUCCACCCUGAGUCCAAAGGAGUACCUUUCCCAAAGCUGUCCAUCGGCAUCUAAUGCUCUGUACCCCGACAUGCCCCGCUCACUGCCCGCCCACAUGGAGGAGGCCCAGAACGUCUUCAAGCUCUACCAGAGGCAUUCCAGCACACCCUCAAGCAGUCGCAAAUCCAAGAGGGACCCGGCCUGUCCCAGCACUCCUCCUCCCUCCCCUACCCGCCAUACGCCCUCUCCUCAUCCACCCCCGGACUUUGACGACUCGUUAGUUCAUAUCAACGUGCUGCUGGUCGACCAGACCCACCCGGAGUUCAAAACGCGCUAUGGCGGUGUGGGACGGAGCGUGGAUGUGGACUUUAACUGCCUGGAUGUUUUGAUAACGCUGCAGACCUGGGUGGUUAUUCUGGAUUUUUUUGGUAUCGGCUCCACGGCCAAUAAUCACGCAGUGAAGGUACCAAUGUCACCCCAACCUGUGCCGGGACAUCCUCUGUUUGAGCCAGACAACAGCGAAGAGGACGUGACAGAGCCUGUCAACACGAAAUUUGACCUGAAGGUCCAUUCUUUGACUCUUGUGCUGAACAAGAAACUCAACGAGCUGGCCAGAGCUAGUGUGUCCAAAUUAUCUGCUCAUCUGGAAAUGUUGGAUGGCGACCUGGCAUUACAAGGCAGUCUAGGAAGUUUGUCCCUGAGUGACCUGACCCCACACGGUGACCUCUACAGAGAGCGCUUCACCACGCAAGGAGGGGAGGCCCUUAUUUUCAACAUCAUAAAGUUCGGCCAGCCCGAUCCUUACCUGCAGCGGGAAUGCGACAUCAAGGUGUCUUUGCAGAUGGCCUCGGUACAGUACGUCCACACCCAGCGCUUCCAGGCUGAGGUGGUAGCCUUCAUUCAACACUUCACGCAGCUGCAGGAUGUGCUUGGCAGGCAGAGAGCGGCGAUGGAGGGCCAAGCUGUGCGGGAUCAUCCUCAGCGGGCGUCCAGGGUUCUGCUCGACGUCCAGGCCGGCGCUCCGGUUAUUCUCAUCCCAGAGAGCUCGCGGUCAUCGAGGGUGAUCGUGGCCAACCUCGGCCAGCUGAGGGUGCAAAACUGUUUCCUGCCCGCUGGGGCUCAUGGGACCUUUUCCCUCCGAGACAAGGACCGUGUCCGUAGCGCAGCAGGGAUGAACAGCGACCAGGAGAAGCCGAGAAACUUUUCGGGCGGCUCGUCUUCAUCCACCGGCUUCACACUCGGCAGACCGCACGCCGCAGGAAGGAUCCCUGAAGAGGACGACCCUCAAAACUUAGAAGACCAUGUGUGCCUGCUGGACUGCAUCUCCCUGGACCUGCAGGAGAUGGACAUCUUUGCUGCAAAGCGUCUCCCCUGGGAGAGCGGCAGUAAAGCUCCCGAGUCUUCAGACCUCAUCUUCCCGUCGUACUCCGUUCGUCGCACCGGAGACAACCUGCUGAAAGACUGCUGCCGCCUCAAGCUUAAAGUGGAGCGCAACCUGGACAAGGAGCUGAGCCACGCGGUGCCUGACAUGUCCAUCCACGGCAGCCUGUCGUCGGUGCACUGCUCUCUGGACAUGGAGCACUACCAGCUGAUCCGAGGGCUGCUGGAGAACAACCUGGGAGAGCCUAUCGAAGAGUUCCUCCGACCCUUCAACCUGCAGGACCCCAGCACAUAUACGGUGUUAAGCGGAGAAGUCUACACCAGCUUGUCGUUCCUAGUCGACAUGAUGAAUGUCAGCCUGGAACUCCUGGACAGUCCCAAACUGACUGAACACAAACGCUCAUUAGCAAGGUUUGACUUCAUGAAAUCCAAGCUGCUUUUUGAAAGUUUCUCAAAUGGAUCAAAGUCCAUCAACCUGGUUUCUCACUCCCUGCUGGCGUACGACACCCGGUACUCCGGGCCGAGCGAAGGCGCCGCCAGACGCGACGGGGCACGGUGCAACGUGUUCGACUGCAUAAUCCAGCCCUCCAAGACCGGCACUAACCGGGCGUCCCUGCAGCUGGAGUUGCAUUAUAGAUCCACGCGUGACUCCUCCUGCUUCACGGUGGUCCUCAACAACCUCAGGGUCUUCCUCAUUUUCGACUGGCUCCAGCUGGUGCGAGACUUCCUGCGCAUGCCGGCUGAGAAGGCAUCAGGUGGCACUCAGACUUACCAGCGCUGGCCCAGUAACAGCAGCACCGACUCGGGCGCCGGUGCCGCCACCUGCACCUCCGGGGCCGUCAUGCCCAAGACGGUCAAGAGUGGAGUCGUCACCAAGAGGUCCACGGUGCCAGUGACCCAGGACCGCUGCCUGGAGGUCAAGAUCAACGUCACAGGUACAGAGUUUGUUGUUUUGGAGGACUUGUCCUGUCUGGAUACCAACGCCAUCAUUCUGAAAGGCACCACCGUCCUCACCUACAAACCCCGGCUGUUGGACAGACCCUUCUCAGGCAGCCUUGCAGGAAUAGAGGUGUUCUCAUGUCGACUGGGCAGCGAGCAAGAGACGGCGCUGUCCAUCAUCGACCCAGUCAACAUCCAGGUGGAGCUGUGUGGGAGCCCCACGUACCAAAGCAGCUCGGGUCUGCUGGACGCCUUCAAUGUGGAGGACAUUCCACCGCUGCUAGAGAUUCAGUUUCCUGUUCUGGACAUCCGGCUGUCCUACAAUGACAUUCAGCUCUUCUUGGCCAUCGCAAAGUCCAUCCCUACUGCCAGCUCUCCACUGCCAGCUGACUCUGACGCCACCUCUGCUGCCACCAGUGAGGCCACCGCUACACCCAAAGACAUCUUCAGACAGAAGACUGAGGGCCUCAUAGAGGGCCAGCUGAACCAUUUACAAGACCUUGGAUUCAGGAAAGAGGACUGCAAAAGAGCCCUGCUCCACUGCAAAGGUCAGCUGGACCAGGCGGCCACGUGGUUGCUGGAGAACGCUGAGAGCAUGGCGGGACAUCCCAGAGCCAGGGCCGACUCUGGCACCAGCAGCCCCUCAGCUCUUCUCUCCGGGGUGGAAGUGAAGGCCGAGAGCGUCUGCAUCUGUUUCAUUGACGACUGCCUGGACUGCGACAUACCACUGGCUGAGCUCACCUUCUCUAGGCUUUAUGUGCUUCAGCGCAUUGGCUCCACCCAGGAAGGCAACGCCAGCUUCACUCUGUCUGGAGACUACUACAACAGAGAGCUGUCGGGUUGGGAGCCCUUCAUCGAGCCCUGGCCCUGCUUCCUGUCCUGGCAGCAGCAGGCUGCCGGCCGUCUCCACCCUCCACGUCUCAAGAUGGGGAUUCGAGCCAAACAGAGACUAGAUGUCAACAUUACUUCUGUGCUGCUCGAACAAUACAACACCACCAAGAGCUCCUGGAUAGCUGACUACUGCAGCGAGGAAGAGCCGAGCCCUCAGUCUUCACCCCCUCUGCCCUGGAUCGGCUCCUCCGUCGACCCACCCAGCUUUGGACAGAGUGCACCUCUUGCUCACCUUAGAACUAGGAGCACAGCCAGCUUGACAUGCCUCGAGCAGCAGAUUCACUCCAGAGAUGUCAAGCUGUCCAAGAGGAGGCAGCCGUUUGUGCCGUACGCUCUGCGCAACCACACGGGAUGCACCAUGUGUUUCGCCACUCUGACUACAACCCCCACCAGGGUGGCGCUGUCUCACAGCAGCAGUGCAGACUCCAUCUCAGACGUCCACGGUCCAGGAACUGAUGACACCCACAACGUCAGUCAGUGGAGGGAGGUGCUGCCCGGGGAGGAGAUCCCUUUUGAGUUCGAGGCCCGAGAGAAGCUUCGUCACCGACACACUCAUGAGCUGAAGCUGCACCAGCUGCUGGUUCGGGUUUGUGGAUGGGAGCAAGUCAAGCCGGUGUCUGUGGACAAAGUGGGCGUUUUCUUCCGUUACGCAGCUCCGGACCGAAACAACUCGUCCAACACUGUUGGCAGCCCCAUUAGCAGGACGAACAUCAUCCACCCACAUGUUUAUUUCUCGGCCCUGCCUCCCGUCAGAGUGGUCUUCUCCAUCACCAUGGAGGGCAGCGCCAGGAAGGUCAUCACCGUCUGCUCUGCCCUCAUGGUGAAGAACCGGCUGGACGUUCCCAUGGAGGUCCGACUCGACAGCCCGUCUGCGCCUGACAAACCGGUGGUGUUGCCUCCUAUCCUGCCCGGCCAGUCCUUGGCGGUCCCCCUUCACCUGACAUCCUGGCGCCUGCAGGGUCGGCCCAAAGGCCUGGGCUUGUUCUUCUGUAAGGUUCCCAUCCACUGGACCAGCGUGGAGAGGCCUGGAGAAAUCAGCAGCAGUAAGAGGGAAUGCCACUCGGCGGACUUUGACGACAGCCACAAGCGUAACUUCAGGUUUUGUGUGGUCAUCAAAAAGGAAAACUACCCCGACCAGCAGCCUGCCAAGAGGCAGAUCUCUGGCAGUACGAACCAGAUCUACCGACAGCCGGGCCACACCAUCUACCUGCUGCCCACCAUGGUUGUGGCCAACCUCCUGCCUUGUGACCUCAGCUUCUACAUCAAAGGGACGACGAUCAAAGGCUCGCUGAAGCCCGGAAAAGAGGCGGUGCUUCACGCUGCCGACACCUCGCAGAACAUGGAGCUAGGAAUCCUACUGGAGAGCUUCCCCGUGUGCAAAGAGCUGCUGAUUCCUCCCGGGACUCAGAAUUACGUCGUUCGCAUGAGGCUGUACGACACCAACAAGCGCCUCCUUUGUCUCACCAUCCGCAUCAUCCUACGGGCACAAGGGGCUCUGAAGAUCCUCAUUUCUGCCCCCUACUGGCUCAUCAAUAAGACUGGUCUGCCGUUAAUAUUCCGUCAGGACAACGGCAAGACGGACGGAGCAGGCCAGUUUGAGGAGCACGAGUUGGCUCGAAGCCUCAGUCCAUUGCUGUUCUGCUACACCGACAAGGAACAGCCUGCUAUGUGCACAAUGCGGAUCGGAAAAGGCAUCCACCCCGAUGGAGUUCCAGGCUGGUGCCAAGGCUUCUCCCUGGAUGGAGGCAGCGGAGUCAGGGCAGUGAAAGUGAUCCAGCACGGCAACAGGCCUGGCCUCAUCUACAACAUCGGUAUCAGCGUUCGCAAAGGGAAAGGCCGCUACAGGGACACUCACAUCGUCACCUUCGCCCCGCGCUACCUGCUCGACAACCGCUCCACGCACAAACUGGCCUUUGCUCAGAGAGAGUUCGCAAGAGGGAAGGGUACGGCCAACCCAGAGGGCUACAUCUCCACCCUGCCGGGCUCCAGCGUCGUCUUCCACUGGCCUCGAAACGACUACGACCAGCUGCUGUGCGUUCGCCUCAUGGACACGCCCAACUGCACCUGGUCCGGAGGCUUUGAGGUCAACAAACCCAAGUCCUUCCAUGUCAACAUGAGGGACACGCUAGGAAAGUGUUUUUUCCUGCGGACGGAGAUCACGCUGAAGGGAGCCACCUACCAGAUCUCCUUCACCGACACCGACCAUCUGCCUCCACCGUUCCGCAUCAACAACAUCUCUGAGGUGCCCAUCCAGUUCUGGCAGCACGGCGUGGCCGACAUCCGGCUGCACACCGAGGUGAAGGCGAGCUCGGAGCUGGACUACGCCUGCGAUGAGCCCACGCUGCCGCCCUGCCUCUCGCUCACCGUGAAGGGAGCCGGAUCCUCCGAGGUCACGGCCGACAUGAACUUCUUCAGAGAGUACAACAAACUCUACUACGAGAACUUCAUCUACAUCGCGGCCACGCACACCUUCUCACAGAAUGUUGACAAGAGACCUGUUGGGAAGAAACGUCAGGUGAGCUGCGCUGAACUGGUUCUCGAUGUGGACACCAAGACUCAACGGAUCAUCCUGAAAAAGAAGGAGCCGGGGAAGCGCUCUCAGCUCUGGAGGAUGACGGGGACCGGCAUGCUUUGCCACGAAGGCUCGUCGCCGCCGCAGAGCAAGCCGGCCCAGCCGCGGCCGCUGGACUCCUCUCUGGUGCUGGACAUCGCUGGGCUCGCCGCUGUUAGCGACAACAGUUUCGAGCCGUUGAUGCUGAGGAGGCCAGACUCCCGUCGCAGCACCACUCAGACGUGGUACUUCAGCUCCGGCAUGCUGACCUGCGGCCUUCCCCGACUCGUAGUACAGGUGAAGGGCGGGGUGACCGGCUUGUACGACGGAGCGGAGGUGGUGCUGGGACCAGAUUCAGGGCUGCUGGAGCCGGGACCGGAGCAGCAGUUCAUCAACCAGAAGAUGAGACCUGGUUCUGGCGUGCUGUCGGUCCAGGUGCUGCCAGACGGGCCCACACGUGUCCUGCAGAUCAGCGACUUCAAUCAGAGGAGAAUGAUCCGGAGCUCAGCGAGCACAGAGCAGGAGAGCAGCAAAGAGGACGUGAAGAAGACAGAGCCUGAACCUCAGCAGGAGCUGGAGGUGCUGGUGAACUUGGAGGAGGGUCUGGGUCUGUCUCUGGUCAACAAGGCUCCUGAGGAGCUUGUUUUCACCACGCUGUCCGGCAUCGAUGUCCACUUCACCCGCACUGCUGCCAACGAGGUGUUGGAGCUCAGCAUCCAGAACAUCCAGGUGGACAACCAGCUGCUGGGUACCACUCAGCCCGUGAUGCUGUGCGUGACUCCCACCUCCACUGACAGCAGCGUCAACGACAGCGGUCCGGCCCUGCAGAUCAACUCGGUCAAGGUUCCCAGCAGCCUCAUGCUCACCGAUCUCUUCAAGCACCUCAUGGUGACGGCCCGCCGCUUCACCGUCAUCAUCGAGGAGAAGCUGCUGCUUAAGCUGCUCAGCUUCUUCGGAUACGGACAGAUAGACGCCGAGCUGGAGAAGUUGGAUGAAAACCUCCAUGAGAGGCCCACCGAAGACGCAACGCCUCCCAAACGGUAUUACUUCGAGAACCUGAAGAUCAGCCUCCCUCAGGUCAAGCUGAGCGUCUUCACCUCUCACAAGCUUCCUCCUGACCUCAAGGCUCUGAAAGGCACCCUGGGCUUCCCUCUGGUUCGCUUCGAGGACGCCGUCAUCAACAUGUACCCGUUCACCAGAGUUCACCCCUAUGAGACCCAAGAAAUCAUCAUCAAUGACAUCCUGAAGCACUUCAGAGAGGAGCUCAUCAGCCAGGCCGCUCAGAUCCUCGGCUCCGUGGACUUCCUGGGGAACCCCAUGGGCCUCCUCAACGACGUCACCGAGGGCGUCUCUGAGCUCAUCAAAUACGGCAACGUGGGCGGUCUGAUACGCAACGUGACCCACGGCGUGUCCAACUCUGCUGCCAAGUUUGCGGGGACUUUGUCAGACGGACUGGGGAAAACAAUGGACAACCGACACCAGAGUGAGCGGGAGUACAUCAGGUACCACGGAGCCACCAGCGGAGAGCAUCUGGUGGCGGGGAUCCAUGGACUCGCUCACGGUAUCAUCGGAGGCAUGACGAGCAUCAUCACGUCCACGGUGGAGGGAGUGAAGACGGAGGGCGGAGUCAGCGGCUUCUUCUCCGGCCUGGGUAAAGGCCUGGUGGGCACCGUGACCAAACCGGUGGCCGGAGCUCUGGACUUCGCCUCGGAGACGGCCCAGACGGUCCGGGACAUGGCCAGCCUCAGUAACCACAGGCUCAACGUGCAGCGCGUCAGGAAGCCUCGCUGCUGUAAAGGACCUCAGGGCCUGCUGCCUCGGUACUCGGCCACGCAGGCCGACGGUCAGGAGCAGCUGUUCCGCCUCACCGACAACAUCCACUCUGAGUUCUUCAUCGCCGUGGAGCUCAUCGACAGCUACUGCGUCCUCAUCUCCUCCAAGGUGGUCUACUUCCUGAAGCCGGGGGACUACGUGGACCGGGAGGCCAUCUUCCUGGAGGUCAAGUACGACGACCUCUACCACUGUCUGGUCUCCAAGGAUCACGGGAAGGUUUACGUGCAGCUCACCAAGAAGGCGGAGAACACCAGCAGUGGCGUGGCCAUUCCCGGCACCUCCCACCAGAAACCCAUGGUCCAUGUGAAGAGUGAGAACCUCGCCAUCAAAAUCUCCCAAGAAAUUAACUAUGCCAAGAGCCUGUACUACGAGCAGCAGCUGAUGCUGCCGGCCAGUGAGAACGAGGACUGCUUACUGCUCGAGUCCUGAUCGGGACUCCUGCUCGUGUGUAUGUUGGACUUUUCUAAAAAAAAAUCCAGAGAAGACAAGAUUUAUUUUUGCAGGCCACAGCUUUUUAUUGCAUCUGACGAACUCCAGCGAAGGGAACAGUCAGACACGAGCUGAUGUUGGAGAAAGCACAUAGACGCGACCUAAACCCACGAUGCAGGCCAGUGCUAGUUUGACUUUGUGUGUUUAGAAAUCACUUUGGUUCUCUGUGUUUCCAUAACUGCCGACGGCGACAGGUGUACACAUCCUACAGUUGUUCUAUAUGUUUGUGAAGAGAUAAAAAUGUAAAUAGAGCUACAUACCAAUACUCUAAACCAGUGUACAUACUGUAAUAAUGAUGACGUACGGAGAUUAACCACAGAAGAUAAUGUAAACUGUAACAAACUGCCUUCGAUGCUCCGUUUUGAGUAUAAGAGACUAUCAGUUCAAGUCGGGGAGAAUAAAUUGCACUGAAACACAGCGGGGGGGUUGUGGGAGCACUGCUUCGAAUAAACUACCAGAGUUCUACACCCA